AUGAUUGUGGAGAGAAUACUUUUGGCCGAAUUAAAAGGAAUGCCACAGACUACAACAUAUGAAGAGAAAAGAAUUAUUGUUAUUGGCGCAGCUAGAUUAAUUUCUGAGACAAUUCAAGUACUUGGGAACAAUUAUUCUUUGAUAAUUGAAGUUAUUGUUAAUUUACUUGAGGCUUUUGAACACAAACCUAAAUCAUUAGAUACUGAAGUGCCUGAAGAUGGAGAAGCAAACGAUAUGGAAUAUAAUGAUCCUUACUGCAAAUUAAUGAAUGCCCAGCACAAUGAACCUUUUGCUGCUGAAGUGAUUAACAUUAAAAAGCACUUUGCACAGGCAGUCUUUAUGGCUACUCAAAGCAAUCCUGAAAGUUUGGGAUGUCUGAAUGCGCGUUUAUUGAGCUGUCUUCGUGCCUAUUCGGCAAUGAUUUAAAAAGGAAUAAUUGAAUUGCUUAUUUACUUUACAAUUUUCUUGUUUAUAGUAUUAGACUGGAACGAAAUUUCAACAUAAUUUUUAAACAAUAUUUGAGAUUAUUUACGAGUUUUUUUUUGAUAUUUUAUAUUUAUUUUUGCGAUUU